AUGGGAAUCACGUCGCAGUCAGCCGUGGACGAGCUUGCUGCAAUGAUUGCCGGAAACAAAGGCAUCCAAGACGGCAAUAACGGCAUUGCAGUCUACAGUCCCCGGAACGGUAUGGAUACCUUCCAUGCCAAGGGCUGGCAUUUCCAGCACAGAGACGGCUGCCCGGGCGUCGCCAUCAUCGGGUCAUCGAAUCUUUCCAAGCCGGCUCUCAUUAGUGGGACAGAGUACAAUGUACGCGUACCCUGGUACGAGUCCGCAGGUGUCAUUGGACCGUUCGACGCCAAGUUCGAGGACCUCUGGGGGAGAGCGCAGCGCCGAGAUAGCCAGGUCUACUUCUACGAUGAGGGAAGCCGUGAAAGGUUCAGAUUUGAGCUUGAAAGCUACCUGCGGAGCACCCUACCAUAUUUGAAACCUGAAGAUUUGCCAUUAUUGGAAGCUGAGAACCGGAUGGCUGCUGCUGAUUUGAUCCGCGAGGAUGGUGUUGUAGAAAGUGCCGAAAACUCAUUGAGGACUAUUCAUUUGGAAGCCGAGGACCAGACGACAACUCCUGCUGUUCCGACCAACCAUAGUCUUACUCUAGGAUUUCAGUAUCGAAUGUUGAAACUCCACAGGAAGGGUCGUGAAGAAGUGUUCGCUUCUAUUUGGAAAGCAUAUGGCGAUACUUCUUCUGGUUCGCCUGACUGGAUACAGCCGCAAGACGAUAAUAUUGCGGAUUUCCUGGAAGUCCUACAAGUCCUCUUCACAUGCAUCCUGGACUAUGAUCGGUUGAACGCAAUGCCUCCAGGAGCAAUACCACCCGGACUGCCGUCUGCGCAGAAGUGUGUGGAGUACGUUUCUUGGGAACCCAUCCAACUAGGUUUAUGA